GUGAAACUUGGGUGGAAACGUUAUAGUUGUUAGCGAAAGCUCCAUUACUUGCUUUAGCCAACUGUCGACGCCUUCUCAUCCAUUUAUAUUUUAUUUUUUACGAAUUUUGACGCUUCACUUUACAAUACAAAAUGCGUGAGUGUAUCUCGGUUCACGUUGGACAAGCUGGAGUACAGAUUGGUAAUGCGUGUUGGGAAUUAUAUUGCCUGGAACAUGGCAUCCAGCCUGAUGGUCAAAUGCCAUCUGACAAAACUAUUGGCGGAGGUGAUGACAGUUUCAACACCUUCUUCAGUGAGACAGGCGCAGGAAAACAUGUACCUAGGGCAGUCUUCAUUGAUUUGGAACCUACAGUCGUUGACGAAGUACGCACUGGUACUUAUCGUCAGCUAUUCCAUCCGGAACAGUUGAUCACCGGCAAAGAAGACGCGGCAAAUAACUAUGCUCGCGGUCAUUACACGAUUGGAAAAGAAAUUGUUGAUCUCGUGUUGGAUCGAAUUCGUAAAUUGGCUGAUCAAUGUACUGGCCUUCAAGGUUUCCUCAUUUUUCACUCGUUCGGAGGUGGUACUGGUUCUGGAUUCACUUCCCUUUUAAUGGAACGUCUUUCCGUUGAUUAUGGCAAAAAAUCCAAAUUGGAAUUCGCUAUUUAUCCUGCCCCACAAGUCUCUACCGCGGUUGUAGAACCGUACAAUUCAAUUCUCACCACGCAUACCACGCUUGAACAUUCCGACUGCGCAUUUAUGGUUGACAACGAAGCCAUUUACGAUAUUUGUCGUCGUAAUCUAGAUAUCGAAAGACCUACUUACACGAAUUUGAACAGACUGAUCGGCCAAAUUGUGUCCUCCAUUACAGCUUCUCUGCGAUUCGACGGUGCUCUUAACGUCGAUCUGACUGAAUUCCAAACUAAUUUAGUUCCUUAUCCCAGAAUUCACUUCCCAUUGGUAACGUAUGCACCAGUCAUUUCAGCGGAGAAGGCAUAUCACGAACAGCUCUCUGUAUCAGAGAUUACGAACGCGUGUUUCGAGCCAGCUAACCAGAUGGUGAAGUGCGAUCCGCGUCACGGGAAAUACAUGGCUUGUUGUAUGUUGUACAGAGGCGAUGUGGUACCAAAGGACGUAAACGCGGCAAUCGCCACUAUUAAAACCAAACGCACCAUUCAGUUUGUUGAUUGGUGUCCCACUGGAUUCAAAGUUGGCAUUAAUUACCAGCCUCCGACCGUGGUGCCCGGUGGUGAUCUUGCAAAGGUGCAACGUGCUGUUUGCAUGUUGUCAAACACUACGGCUAUUGCAGAGGCCUGGGCUCGUCUCGAUCACAAAUUUGAUUUGAUGUAUGCCAAACGAGCAUUCGUCCACUGGUAUGUUGGCGAGGGUAUGGAAGAAGGUGAAUUCUCUGAAGCUCGUGAAGAUCUUGCUGCUCUCGAGAAAGAUUACGAAGAAGUUGGAAUGGAUUCUGCUGAAGGUGAAGGAGAGGGUGCUGAAGAAUAUUAAAUGACUUUUUGAUACACCCUUUUUUUCCAAUAAAGAAAGUGAAUUUCUAUCAAUAA